AUGGAGUCAACGGGCAAGAGUAGGGCAGGCGUCGACCACAGGAGCCACGAGCUAGGCGCUGAGGCUGGAGUUCCUGCGAAAGAGCAGGGGAUCGACAAACAGAAGCAGCCACUUCCCGAAUCGAUUCAUCCAGUUCGGUCUCACGCGUCGCACGCAGACAAUGCUAUCUCCUUGCGCGAGGUCGACCCUGUAUCUGUACGACUCGAGCAUCUCUCUGUAUCAGUUGACGAGUCGCCCAAUGCGUUAGCGAAAGCCUUCUCGAAAAAGAAGGCGGUAGCAGGCCAAAGUCACGUGAAAAAAAUCCUCGACGAUAUUUCAGCCGACCUUCGAAGUGGAACACUCACAGCUAUCAUUGGUGGCAGUGGCAGCGGCAAAACGUCUUUGCUCAAUCAGAUGAGCGGACGCAUGCGAGGAAACCGAAUCUCAACGUCUGGCCGGACCCUGUUCAAUGGUAGCGAAGACACCUUGAACAUCAAGAGUGCCUAUGUGAUACAACAAGACAUUUUGCUCCCAACAUUGACUGUUCGAGAGACUUUGGCAUAUGCUGCGCAACUACGUCUACCAUCCUCGGUGACCCUGUCUGAAAGGAAGCAACUAGUCGAAGAAGUCAUUACAGAGUUGGGCCUGAAGGAGGCGGCAGAAACCCGGAUAGGAAAUCAUGCGCACAAAGGCUGUAGUGGUGGUGAGAAGAGGCGGACAAGCCUGGGUGUUCAGCUUCUCUCCAACCCAAGCCUACUGUGGCUGGAUGAGCCCACCACUGGUCUUGAUUCCACAAGCGCCUAUCAGGUGGUCAAGACUCUACAGAACCUUGCUCGAAAGGGUAGAACGAUUGUCGUCACAAUUCACCAGCCUCGAUCAGAGAUCUGGAGCUUGUUCGAUAACUUGAUACUACUCACAAGGGGCAGUCCGGCGUAUGCAGGUGGCGCAGAAGAAUGUCUCAAUUACUUCGCACAGCUCGGCCACACGAUGCCGCCAUUCACGAACCCAGCUGAAUAUCUUAUCGAUGUAGUCAGUGUCGACAACAGAAGCGAAGAAGCAGAGGCCGUUGCUGAAGAGAGAGUUGAACACAUCAAAAGAGCAUGGAGACUACAGUACGACAAGAUGUCCAGCGAGAAGGGUGAACAGAGCUUCCUUACUGCGCCUGCUGAGCCUCAGCCGACGAAGGUGUUGGUGUCAAGACAUUCAUCUAUGAUCCAACAGAUUCGAGUGUUGACUACUCGAACCUUGGUUGUGACUAUUCGAGAUCCGAUGGGCAUGUUCGGCAGUCUUCUGGAGGCUAUCAGUAUGGCUGUCAUCACUGGGUGGAUAUUCUUGCACGUUGAUGGCUCUCUAUCUGGGAUUCGCUCUCGGCAAGGCGCACUGUACAACGCAGCAGCACUUCAAGGCUAUUUGAUAUUGCUCUUUGAGACUUACCGGCUUACUGAUGACAUUCAGCUGUUCGACGAGGAAGCUCGACAAGGCGUCGUCAGCAUACCAGCAUUCCUCAUCUCGAGGCGUUUGGCACGAUUUCCUAUCGAGGAUCUACCCGUACCGCUCAUUUUCUCCCUCAUCUACUAUUUUAUGGUGGGGUUUCAGGCCGACGGCGGCGAAUUCCUUAUAUUCUUCAGCGUCAUUUUGCUUGAACAUUACAUUGCAGUGUGUUUUGCCAUGGUUUGCGUGGCCAUCUCCAGAAAUUUUGCAGGUGCCAGUCUUGUCGCCAAUCUUGCUUACACUCUGCAAUCCAUGGCAUGUGGAUACUUCAUACAGUCGAACACCAUCCCUAUUUAUGUGCGAUGGACCAAGUGGACCGCCUACGUAUUCUAUGCUUUUGGGGCUCUAUGCGCCAAUGAGUUCACUGGUAGCUUCUACGACUGUCCUGCUGGUGGCCCUUCAGACGAAGCAUGCAAAGAGUAUACCGGCAAGUUUAUCAUGGACUCUCUUGGCUUCCCAAAGGAGUGGAUAUGGCGACCCAUCCUCGCUUUGAUUGGUUAUGUGUUCGCCUUCUACGUCGGAGCAGCCGUCCUCCUUAAGUAUUGGAAGGCAGAAAUCGCCAUGGCUCGCGCUCGGCCAUCCAACAUAGACGGUUCUGCAGGCAAAGAGAAGAUGAGCGAGCAAACGCCUAACGAAAUAAGGACUAUUAACAUCCGCCUUGAAGGGUUCGGUCUAAACAUCGAGAAACGCACUUUGCGUAAGCAGACGACGAAGUCAAUCCUCAACCCGCUUACAGCAGAGUUUCAGCCAGGUUCACUGAACGUCAUCAUGGGGCCGUCCGGUUCUGGAAAGACAUCGCUCCUCAACAGCAUGGCUGGUCGAUUGAAGGAUGAUCUUUCGACGCGAUACAAAGCUUUCGGCACCAUGACCUUCAAUGGCUUAGCACCUUCAGAAGACGUCGUUCACUCCAUCUGCUCUUUCGUUACUCAAGAUGACGACGCCCUCUUGGCUUCCCUCACUGUUCGCGAAACACUCCGCUACGCCGCCGGUCUACGUCUGCCGAAGUGGAUGGAUAAGCAACAGAAGGUGCAAAAGGCCGAGGAGAUACUGUUGAAGAUGGGUCUCAAAGAUUGUGCAGACAAUCUCAUUGGUAACGACGUCAUCAAAGGCAUCAGCGGCGGCGAGAAACGCAGAGUUACCAUUGCAGUACAGAUUCUGACUGAACCGCGCGUCCUGCUUCUUGAUGAGCCACUCUCAGGUCUCGAUGCCUUCACUGCACUCUCCAUUAUGGAUGUUCUCCUUGGUCUCGCACACGAAGGCCGCACACUCAUCGUCACUAUUCACCAACCACGCUCAGACUUGUUCGCUCGCUUCGGCAACAUCAUGCUCCUCGCUCGUGGUGGUCAUCCCGUCUUUGCAGGACCAGCCAUUCAGCUGCUCCCGCACUUUGCUGCACAGGGCUACGUCUGCCCUGAACACGUAAACCCGGCGGAUUUUGCACUCGAUCUCAUCACCGUCGACCUCCAACACGAAUCACGCGAAGAAGCCAGCAGAGAAAAGGUUCGCAUGCUGAUUGAAGCGUGGCACCCUGGCCUCUUCCCAGCCACAAGAACCGGCUCGAUAGCUACACCUGCCGAACUUGGAAGCCUUGCGCGCGAGCCUGCGAGCUUUGCAGCCGCGUACUCGAUCCUCAUCCGCCGUGCAACAAAGAACUUCUUUCGUAUGCCCGACCUGAUCGUCGCAAGGAUCAUGCAAGUCGUAGGCCUGGGUAUCGUGUUGGCACUCUUCUUCGCACCGUUGAAGAAUGACUACUUCGCUAUUCAGAAUCGUAUGGGGUUCUUGGUGGAAAUUGCGCCGCUUUACUUUGUCGGUAUGUUGAACAACAUCGCCACCUACCCGACCGAGCGUGACGUGUUCUAUCGAGACUACGCGGACCGCAUCUAUGGAGUCGAAGCCUUCUUCCUGACCUACAUAUCGAUCACCACACCUUUUGAGAUCAUCUCUUGUAUCGUUUUUGCAAUCCUCACGGUACUCGCAUGCGGACUGGAGCGCGACGCAAGCACCUUCUUCAUCAUUACGUUCAAUGCGUUCUGCAUAACGAGCUGUGGUGAAAGUAUAGGUAUCGCAUUCAAUACGCUGUUCACACACACGGGAUUCAGUGUGAACAUUAUGAGUGUGUUUCUGAGUGUUGCACAGGUCAUGGGCGGCGUGUUGUCCCUUAGCAUCCCGUCUUUCCUGCAAGCGUUCAACCAUCUGUCGCCGGUGAAGUGGGCGAUUGGCAACAUGGCGCCGUACACGCUCCGUCACCAAAAGUUCACGUGUGAGGACUGGCAGAAGAUCAACAAGCAGUGCCCUAUCACGACGGGACAGCAGGUUCUAACCCUGUACAAGCUUGACAAGGACCCGGACAUGUAUAUCAUGGCAUUGGGCAUCUGCGCAGUGGUGUACCGAUUCUUGGCGUAUGUGGUGCUGAAGAUGGUCAAGGAGAGGUGGCUGGGGAGGCUGUGGAGGAAGAUGGGGGGGCGGUAA